AUGUUCCCUCUUCGUUCCGGUGUGCGACUUUCGCAGUCGCUGCGCUCGAGUUCGCCUCGAUUCAACGCGUCGUUGUCUCGAUCUUAUUCCGACAAGUCCGACUUAGCAGAUAUAUUCUCCAUGAUUGGCGCGCCAAAUUGGUCUGUCAAAUCACUUCUACCGAACCCAGCCUCAAAGCCUCCCCAAACCAUCACCCCGAAAGAACUUCACCACCUCCUGCGCAUUUCAGCGCUUCCCCAGCCCGCCAGCGCAGAGGAGGAGCAGUCCAUGAUCGAAACACUGGAGUCUCAAAUCCAUUUUGUCAAGGAAAUCCAACUUGUCGACACUACUGGGGUCGAGCCGCUUCCGAGAAUUCGCGAUGAAACUUCCGAUGCAGUGAAGGAGCAUACCAUUGGCGUUGAGCAGCUAAAAGAAUACCUGGCUAAAGAGCAUACGUCUGGGAGACGAGGCAGAAUCCAGCGUAUCGUAGGUGUCAAAAACGACCGUCCGGACGGAGAAGCAUGGGAUGGAGAUGCCCUCAAAUGUGCCACCAAAACGAAGGGGAAAUACUUUGUGGUAGAAAUCGGCGAGUCUCCCAGUCUCUAA